CCGUCUUCUCCAAUCUCUUCGAUAUCUGACCGUUGUGUCUCUUCCUCUUCGUCAAUGGCGAAUUCAAACACAAACCUAACCACACCGACUAAAACCCCUUCUUCAAGGAGAAACCAGCAGAGUCAAUCGAAGAUGCAGUCACAAUCCAAGGAUCCUGUAAACGCAGAGUCUAGGUCACGAUUCGAAGCUUACAAUCGUCUCCAAGCAGCGGCGGUUGCUUUCGGAGAGAAGCUUCCGAUACCGGAGAUCGUUGCCAUCGGUGGUCAAUCCGACGGGAAAAGCUCUUUGCUCGAAGCGCUUCUAGGGUUCCGAUUCAAUGUCCGAGAAGUUGAAAUGGGCACGCGUCGCCCUUUGAUUCUCCAGAUGGUUCAUGAUUUAUCAGCUUUGGAACCACGGUGUCGAUUCCAGGAUGAAGAUUCUGACGAAUAUGGUAGUCCUAUUGUUUCGGCUACAGCAGUAGCAGAUGUAAUUAGGUCAAGAACAGAGGCGCUUCUGAAGAAGACAAAAACUGCAGUCUCGCCUAAGCCAAUUGUGAUGAGAGCUGAGUAUGCUCAUUGUCCAAAUCUGACUAUCAUUGAUACUCCUGGAUUUGUUCUUAAGGCCAAGAAAGGAGAGCCUGAAACCACACCUGAUGAAAUAUUAUCAAUGGUCAAGUCACUGGCUAGUCCUCCACAUCGGAUUCUGUUGUUCCUGCAGCAGAGUAGUGUGGAAUGGUGCUCAUCUUUGUGGUUGGAUGCAGUUCGUGAAAUUGAUUCUAGCUUUCGGAGGACUAUUGUUGUUGUCUCCAAGUUUGAUAAUCGUCUAAAGGAAUUUAGCGAUCGCGGUGAAGUUGAUCGUUAUCUGAGUGCUAGUGGAUACCUUGGGGAGAAUACUCGUCCUUAUUUUGUGGCAUUGCCAAAAGACAGAAGCACUGUCUCAAAUGACGAAUUUCGUAGACAAAUAUCUCAGGUGGACACAGAAGUCAUAAGGCAUUUACGGGAAGGAGUUAAAGGAGGAUUUGAUGAAGAAAAAUUCCGGUCCUAUAUUGGUUUUGGGUCAUUAAGAGAUUUCUUAGAGUCUGAGCUUCAGAAGAGAUACAAGGAAGCUGCACCAGCAACACUAGCUUUGCUUGAACAGCGAUGCUCUGAGGUAACGGAUGAUAUUUUGAGAAUGGAUAUGAAACUGCAAGCUACUUCUGAUGUUGCUCACCUCAGAAAAGCAGCCAUGUUGUACACUGCUUCUAUUAGCAAUCAUGUGGGAGCCUUGAUUGACGGAGCUGCAAACCCAGCACCUGAGCAGUGGGGGAAGACAACUGAAGAAGAGCGAGGCGAGAGUGGCAUUGGAAGCUGGCCAGGCGUCGGUGUGAACAUUAAGCCACCGAAUGCCAUUCUUAAACUUUAUGGAGGAGCUGCAUUUGAAAGGGUGAUUCAUGAGUUCCGCUGUGCAGCCUAUUCCAUUGAGUGCCCUCCAGUGUCAAGAGAAAAGGUAGCAAAUAUUCUGCUUGCCCAUGCUGGGCGUGGAGGUGGUAGAGGAGUGACUGAAGCAUCUGCAGAAAUUGCUCGAACCGCUGCACGGUCAUGGCUUGCUCCUCUUCUUGACACGGCUUGCGACAGGCUUGCCUUUGUAUUAGGAAGUCUCUUUGAAAUUGCUCUAGAAAGAAACCUGAACCAGAACUCAGAAUAUGAGAAGAAAACUGAAAAUAUGGAUGGAUAUGUGGGUUUUCAUGCUGCUGUAAGGAACUGUUACAGCCGUUUUGUGAAGAAUCUUGCCAAACAGUGCAAGCAGUUAGUGAGACAUCAUCUUGAUUCAGUGACCAGCCCAUAUUCCAUGGCGUGUUAUGAGAAUGACUACCACCAAGGAGGAGCUUUUGGCACUUAUAACAAAUUCAACCAAGCCUCAGGUAAUUCGUUUUGCUUCGAGCUCUCUGAUACUAGUCGUGAUGAACCGAUGAAGGAUCAAGAAAACAUUCCUCCCGAGAAGAAUAAUGGCCAAGAGACAACACCAGGAAAAGGAGGGGAGAGCCACAUAACAGUCCCUGAGACACCAUCACCAGACCAACCAUGCGAGAUUGGGUAUGGAGUGAUAAAGAAGGAAAUUGGGAAUGGUCCUGAUGGUGUUGGAGCAAGAAAAAGAAUGGCGAGAAUGGUAGGAAACAGGAACAUAGAGCCAUUUAGAGUUCAGAACGGUGGGCUUAUGUUUGGCGCGGAUAACGGGAUGAAAUCGAGCUCUGCUUACUCUGAGAUAUGUUCAUCAGCCGCUCAACAUUUUGCUAGGAUACGUGAAGUUCUUGUGGAAAGAAGCGUAACAUCAACUCUAAACUCAGGGUUUCUAACACCUUGCCGAGAGAGUCUAGUUGUUACACUAGGAUUGGAUCUCUUUGCAGUGAGUGACGACAAGUUUAUGGACAUGUUCGUUGCUCCUGGAGCAGUUGAGGCACUGCAAAACGAACGCCAACAGCUUCAGAAACGGCAGAAGAUUCUUCAGUCUUGCUUGACUGAAUUCAGAACCGUGGCUCGUUCUCUGUAGUGCAAUGAUCAUUGUCUCUAUGAUGUGUUCUCUACUUCUAGUGGCUAUCAUGUUGUUGUGAUCAGUGUCAUGAAACGUUAAAUUGUUGUAAUUUGGAGUUUACAGGGUAAUAGAAAGCUCACCUGAUAUGCUUCAUUGAUUGGAAAA